AUGUCCACCGAAGACUUCCAAGUUCAGGAUAUUUACAGAUAUUCGAGAAAGUCUUAUAAACCUUGUGUUAUUAAUCCACAAAGCUCGGAAUGUCGACGUGAGAAUGAUGUGGUGUCCGAGUCUCCAAUAAGCGAAGUUAUCACAAAUGGUCCUGAUGUAGCCCGUUGUAGCAGUUGUGGUAACGAUUCUGAAGGGGAAAUAGCAAAUAUUUUGCACAAGAAGUGUCCUGUUAUAGCAUUAGCUCAGCAGCAGUUGCAGCGAGUUUUAGAUGAGACGGAUAAGUUGCUGGCCGAUAAUACUCAAUGUUGCAGAUCCACAUACGACUUUUUAUGCUUAUGUAGGGAUGCCUUAUUAAACCAGAACCGAUGUUUGUGCUUUUUAAUUAUCCUCGCGGUGGUGUCAUUCUUUCUGGGCCUACUGUUUGGUGCUGCAUCCUGUGGAGUGCAUUUAAGAAAAUUUAACAGUCCCAUUCUUUCAUGUAUUGAUAAUUACUUUCUUAUUGAUAAGCAACGGGAAGAUAAGUAUGCAGCUAUUGUGACGGGCGGGCGGCACUCAGCGCGGGACGCGUUCCGGCGCGAUAAGGCGGGCGGCGCUAUUGUGCCGGCGUCGGCGCACGUUUCCUCCGCGCCCGUCGGGCCUACCGCUUUGUUCACGCCGUAA